CGCGGGGGCGGUUUGUCGGUGUUUCUCCCUAUCUUUGAUCUCUUAUUUCCCGGAUUUUAUUUAUUAUUCGGUUAGGAGUAAGAGUUACGAGGGUAAUUUCCAGUAGUGAGUGAAUUUUAGUCGUGAAAAAUAUUGUGGAUUUUUGGGAAGAAACUUUUGACUUUUUUUUAUUGGUGGUUUCUAUAGGAAUUUUUAAACUGAGGUUUUGGCGAGUCGUCUCGAUCGAACUUUGAUCUUCUGUAAAAGUGAUAAAAAUCAACUUUUGACAUGUUAAAGUGAACAUAAAAAUCACAUUCAAAAUGCACCUUUGGCAUUUCUACACGUUCACUUACCUCCUCUUCCAAGAAGCCAUCGCCUGCUCGGUGUCCUGCAUCUGCAAAUGGAAAAACGGCAAGAGGACGGCGGAUUGCUUCAGCAAAUCGCUCAACGACCUACCCGACACUCUGGAUCCCGAAACUCAAGUCCUGGACUUUUCCGAUAACAAUUUGGGAAAACUUUCCAAAGAGAUAUUUGUGAAAAAGCAAUUAGUUAACCUGCAAAGGCUCUAUUUGUCCAAGUGCCGCAUUAAUAGUAUCCAUAAAGAGACCUUUGCAGGGUUAACGAAUCUAGUCGAGAUGGAUUUAUCUUAUAACUUUUUGGAAAACGUUCCCACAGGGGCUUUUCCGAAUUGUCCCUCGUUAAUGAAGCUAACAUUGAGCUCAAAUCCUAUAAAAGAGGUGAAGAAACUCGCAUUUAAUCAUUUGAGCUACUUGAACACACUGGAAUUAAGUGAUUGUGAAAUUGCGGACGUUCAAGACGGAGCUUUUCAAGGUUUACACAGUCUAGAAUGGCUUCACCUCACCUCCAAUCGCCUCAAAACAAUUCAGGGUCCUCAUAGUCUCCCCAAAACGCUCAAAGGUAUAGAGCUCCAAAAAAACCCAUGGACCUGCGACUGUUACAUACAGGACCUACGUGAUUGGUUGGCCAAUUUUCACAUUCCUUCUUCGAUGGAGCCUGUAUGUACCGAGCCGAAACGUUUGCAGGAUACUUUGGUGAAAAGUGUUCCUGUGGGAGAGCUUGCUUGCUUACCAGAAGUACAACCGACAACGUUGUAUCUGGAACUUACCGAAGGAAAGAAUGUGUCGUUGUUGUGUCACAUACAUGCUGUUCCAGAGGCAACGGUUUCCUGGUGGUUUGACGGUCAGCUCCUCCAAAACAACACUAACAUCACCCCAGGAAUGCGCUUGGUCUAUUUCGUCGAAGAAGGUUCGGAAAAUAAACAAAGCGAGCUCUUCAUCUAUAACGCCAACUCGGAAGACAACGGCACCUACGUCUGUCACGCUGAAAAUGCUGCCGGAAGCGCUCAAUCGAAUUUCACCCUGAAAAUUGUCCUCAAAGAAGAGCCCAUAGUGAUUAUAGUGUCGUUUUCUGUAGAAUACUUGCUGUGUGCGGUGGUUGGAAUGUCCGUUGUAGUUAUCUUGUUGGUUAUAGUGAUUAUCGGGUGUGUAAUCAAGUGCCAUAGGAAGAGUAGGCUUUUGAAACGGAAUCAGACGAAGGAGGUAUCGUUGCAUUUGCAGCAGACAGCGGGAGGUGGCGAAGAUGACAAGGAUAGUUGGGCAGCAAAAUCGUUCUCAUCCUCGCCUCUGGAUCAACAUCUAAAGCAGAACCUCACCCCUACCACUCAGACAACAACUUGUACUGCAGAGCCUGAGGAGAUUUGUUUUUUUGGGAUAAGGACCUGCGACGAACAGUUUGCCAGCACAAUGUCGCCAUUGCGAAUUAAUUUGAGAAGUCAGGCAGUGAGUCCCCUGUCUUUGAGAAGGUACCAGCUCGAACAGAAUCCGGACCUAAUCAACGGUACUGAGAGCAUAGGGUGCAGAAGAUCGGGCGACGGAGAAGAUGUCCGUCACCAGGAGGAAAAUUCUGCCGGGGUUUCUUGUAUUCGGAGAGGUAUGGGCGGGGAGUUUUACACGAGCGAUCAAGGAGGAGGAUUGGAUAUUUGCCAUGUAAUAGACUCGCAAGGCUACCCAGUGGAAUAUGGCCUCCCGAAGAUGUCCACUAGGACCUCUUGCGGCGUCGCCAAUGAGUCGUUUUACCGCACGCUUCCCAGUAAUCGGAUGAAGCGGCAUUCGGCGGCUAAUCCUCUCAAAAGAUACUCCAGGGAGGUGGAGUUUUUGUCGAGAAGUGUGGAUACGCCUUACGAUCAUUACCAUACCAACGAUAUCAGGUACACAGCUGACGGCUACCCAGUGUCACGCCAAGUAGUACCGCUCAGCCUGCUGUCGCCGCCAACCAGCAGCAAUAAUACUCCAUCGCCCGCUUCCGGACCAUGCUGCUCGGUGAACUGGCCGCCGUAUUUGCAGACCGGCCAUCAGCAAAAGGUGACGAAGAGGUGCGCCAGCGCCCAAACGGACACCGAGGACGAGUGUGACAGUUUGAGUGUCAGUGUUAAAAACGAAAGUGUCAACAAUAUCGUUAAUAAUGACAAUAAUGACGUUUUGACGGAGAGUCCGGAUGAAGGGUAUGAAGGCGAACCUUCAGUGGUGUAAGAUUUUUGUUUAAAUGGCAACGUGUAACCAAAGAGCUAAGUUAAUAAGGUCAGAAAAUGAGGCAGUACAAAUUUAAUAUCCAAUAUGACGACAGAGAAUAAAAUAAGUAGGAUUCAUCAGAACAAUCGAUUUAGCUCGAAGAGAACUGUAAGGAAACAGGGUGCUAGGAAUUUCAUAGAUUUAAGCAGGAACGCCCAUUAAAGUGGCAAGACAUUCUAGAGUGCAAUGCUACUUGUUAUUAAACCGACAUGAAUAAAUGCAUUAGCGCUCACUAGAACUACUGCGCGAUUACGUCGCGUUUCAAAAAUAUUAGAUGAUACAUAAUCGAAAUGGCAUUUGUCGUUUGACUCAACAAGAUCGCAUUUAAUACCAAUCAGUAAAUUAAUCAAAAUUUGGACAUUUUGCCCUUUCUUCCAGAGUAUAUCAUGUUAUAUUUCAUGUUGAAAUAUACCAUUUCCAAACUCGAUAAUUCUUUUAUAAUCAUGCUGCAUACAGCAAGCAAUAAUAAAACUUAUGACUUGUAUCAUGUCACGCUACCGCAAAUUGAAAUAGAACUUGUUCUACUUUUUCCUAGUCGGAAUAAAGUGUGAUAAAAAGACAAGUUUGCACCUCAAACUUUUCACUUAAGGUGAUUUAUUUCAAACUUCUCCAAACAUAUAAUACAUUCAAUAUUUGGAAAAUGGCAUAUGUACUAAAUAAAAAAUCUAUUCUUUUACAAUAAGAUCAUGGUAAUACUCUCUACUUUACAUUUUUAAGCGUAGAGAGUUUUAUUGAAUUUUCCUCACUGUAAGGGCAAUUGUUACAUAAAAACAUGAGUGUGUAGAGAAAAAAAAAGUAUCUCCGUGUUUAUUGGACUGAAAUCUAAAAACCAUCUCUUUUUGAUACUUGGACAAAAAUUCAACGGCCUGUGGGUACAAGCGACCUAUAUAAUCGAGUCAAGGUUGACGUAUGGCUCGGGAGAUAAUAGUUUUAUCCAUUAAUAUUAAGCAUACCGUAUUAUUCGAGUACAGAAUAGAUUGGCGAAGUAAUUGAAACUAGUUUACUUAAAUUAAAAAGUAUUCGCUUCAUGAAGUACCCUACCUGUUCCUGAUUACAAAAAAAAAAAAAAAACAUCUUUUGAACUUUCACUGCCUAAAACCUUCGGGCGUUGUUAUCGCAUUAUCGUUGGUCGUUUUAUGGUAAAUUUUAAAUUUAAAUAAAUCGGUUUUAUUGAAUUUUGUGCAAAUAAUUUGCCGUUAAAUAAAUAUAUUAUGUUUCCUAGACCAUGCCAUUUUGGCUAUUGAAUUUAAAAUAUAUUUUAUUUUGUCAAUUAUUUAAAAGUAUACAUGGUUCUCAUACUAUGUUAAUGUUGUUCAGUGAAAAUUGACAAUGGGCUUUAGGUGAAAUACUAAAUAAAGUAUUUAUAAUAAUAUAAUAUUAUUUAAUGCUUUAUUCGAUUUGCAAUAUUUUUUGGUUACAAUAUAUUUAUUGCCAAAAAAAAACCUAGUAUUUAGUGAUUUCGCCACAUGUUCACUAACAAACUAUAAAACUUAGUGCCAAAUUUUACAAUUUCAAAACAUAUAUUUAAAACGUUUCCGUAAUUUUGUACAUACAUCUACAAGAACAGGGUCUGAUGUGUGAAUUUUUAAAUAUUUUCUGUGAAUAGUUAUUUUCGUAUCAUGUACCUAUUUGUUCCAACUUUUGUCUGUUUCUUUUUUCACAAGUAUUAUACAGACAUUGUAGGAUCCUUACUCUUUCUACUGUAGCUCUACAUUUGUGUGUUAGGUACUUAGAAAGUAAAAGUAAUGUAGAGAAAAAUUGUAAUAACAAAUAAAUAUCAUCAUGUACACUAGACUAGAGGAAUUGUCAGUUUUCUUUUUUGUUCACUAUUACCUUUUUUCAAUAAAAAUGUAUUUUGUAAAAAAAAA